AUGUCGAUUCGGGGCGCGCAUCCUCGGGUCGGGGGGCGCCCGCUGCGGGGGGUGAGGUCAGCGGCGAGGGGGGGAGCGGCGGCCUUCCGUCAGUCCGCGCCGAGCGGCCGAGCGAGCGCCAUGUCCGUGUGUGCGCCGCGCGCUUGCUGCCGGCCGCGCGCCCCGGCAACGCUGUUAGAUAUCACAGCAAAAAUAGUAGCCGCGACUAUUCCCUUCCAACGUAUCGAGGAGCGUUACGAACGCAUCCCUGAACCUGUGCAGCGGCGGGUUGUGUACUGGUCGUUCCCGCGGGACGAGCGUGACAUAUGCAUGUACUCGUCCCUGGCGCGGGCGCCGCCCGACGACCACCGCAACAUUGCCUUCUGCCGCGGCCUCAAGCUGCUGGAGGCCGGCUGCGUGGAGAACGUGCUACAAGUCGGUUUUCAUUUGAGCGGCGUGGUGCGCGCCCCGGCCACAGUUCCGCCCUGCUCAGAACCAGAAAGACUUUACAGAGUUACAGUUUCAUUUGACAGAUGCAAAAUCACAGGUGUAACGUGCAGUUGCGAAGCUCGGGACAUAUUCUGGUGUCAACAUGUGGUGGCGCUGGCGCUGUACCGCAUCAGGAAUGCAGACUCCGUCAGGCUCAGGGUGCCUAUAUCAGAAACGUUGUUGCAAAUGGACAGACAACAGUUACAGAAGUUUGUGCAGUACCUCAUAGCAGAGCACCAUACAGAAGUAUUGCCGACAGCGCAGCGUCUAGCUGACGAGGUGCUGCAGGCCAGGUCUGCGAUUAACAGGAUCUGUGGAGCACCAGACCCCACCGCUGGCCCGCCUCCAGAUGCUCAUCACGCUUGGCAUUUAGAUGAACAGCAGGUCUGUGAACAAGUCCGCGCCUACUUACUACAGGGAACCUAUUAUAAUGCGAAUAAGCAACUUAAUUCACUAUUUUCGAAGGUUAGAGAAAUGCUAAGAGCCCAAGACUCGAACGGCCCCAGAAUGCUCAUGUUAAUGACAGAGCAGUUCCUAUCAGACCCUCGACUCCUGUUGUGGAGGAACCAAAACACCCCCAUGACAGAGAAAUGCAGGCAACUAUGGGAACAACUUGGUGCUCUGUGGGUCAGCAUAGUGUUGGACCCUGGCAGCAAUAAGAAUCAUAGGAUGCAAUGGAGGAAUUUAUUGGAGAAGUGGUCCGCAGUAGAAGUUUGUCCCACUGAGGAUCCGGAUUAUAGGUCUUUUCCAUUGUACGCAAGAGAAAGAGAAAGAAAUGAGAGGGAUCGCGACAGGGACCACAGAGACCGGGACAGAGAACGCCACCGUGACAGAGAGGAGAGAGAUCGCGAGAGACUGCGGGAGAGAGAGGAGAGAGAUAGAGAAAGACAUAGAGAAAGACAAAGAAGAGAGAUGCAUUCCCAUUCUGAAAGUUCUGACGAAGAAUCUAGGCCUAAUAACUAUGAACGUGAAUAUAGGAGAGCAAGUAAGAGACUCAGGUUACACAAUCAACGGUCCGCGCCGCAGAGCGCGCCGCGCACUGUGUUUCAUAAAGCAUUGGACGCGGUAGACAUAUCUUGGGAGAAUGAUCACCUGAAGAAUAUCCUGGGCAGCGACGAGUAUUCCGACCCUGAGAAGCCUUCGGAGAAGGCUGGUGCAUCUGUCGCCGCUCCGCAGUCCUACCCCAAGUUCAAUGAUCUCGGACAACCUUUAUGGCAUGAGCACCUGCCAGUGGUAGGGGCCCGUAUAGAGGCGUUGCGGGCGACGGGCCGGGCUCCGGCUGCGCUGCGGCUGGCCGUGGCGGCAGCGAGGGCCAUGAGACACCGACAGGAGGUGGCGCAGCACCGAUGGCACGAAGCGGGCGGCGGCGAGGCUUCGGGCAGCAGCACGUGCGGGUCGGGGGCGGGGCCGGGUGCGGGGGCGGCGGGCGCGGGGGGCGGGGCGUGUGCGGGGGGCGGGUCGUGCUCGUGCGGAGAGCGCGCGCGCCUGUCGCUGGUGGUCGCGCACAUGGACGCCGGCACGUGCACGCCCGCCGCCGCCACGUGCGCGCUCUCGCACUCCCAGCGCUGCAUCGGCAGAGAUAGCAGAUGCUGGACGGGGUGGACGUUAGAAGCCAUCUGGUGUGUGUAUGAGUGCCUGGCGGAUGCGUGCCUAGCGCCUGAUGAUCAGCGAGCUUCGCCGCGGCUCCACACCGCCUACCUGGACGAGGAGCCUAACACUGGUCUGCCACCCAGGUACCAGCAUGUACCAGUGGCGGGCAGCAAAAACCCUGAAGAAACCUACCUGGCGCUCGCGCUAGAGGCCGCGCUGUUGGGCCUCGGCGUGCAGAGAAUGCUACCUAGUGGCCUUUACGCACAAGAACGGUAUUGUAAACAGGAGGAGCGUCUGAUCGCGCAGCUGCAGCGCGUGGAGGGCGAGGCGGCGGGCGGCGUGUGCGCGCACGUGGCGCGCGCGCUGCUGGCGGGCGGCCCGGCCUCGUGCCUGGGCGCGCGCGUGCACCCGCGGGCGGCGCCCGCGCACACCUUCGCGCGCUUCCUCUUCCUCGCGCUGCUGCCCGCCGACCCCGACCUCGCCUACCGAGUCGGCCUGCGCGCCAUGCGGCUGCCGAUGGUGGAGGAAGCUUACGCGCUUGACGGCGCGGGGUUGGCCGGUAGCGGUGCGUUAGCUGGCGGCGCUGCGGGGGUGACGGGCGCGGGCGCCUGGCACACGCUGCAGCACGCUGAGCAGCAGCAGGCAGCACUCGCCAGCGCACUACUAGGCGCCGCGCGAGGCAGUCCGGCCCGGCUGCGUGCGGCCCUGGCGGCGGCACAGCGUCACGUGCGGUCCGCCGCGCAGUUGUUCCGGCUCGCGCAGGACGCGUUACGUCACGCCGCGCCGCCCGACGCGCCGCACCACCACCGCGAUCUACUCGCCGCCGCCUUCGAACUCGGCCUCCAGGUCUUGCGGAUGACAUUGUCUUCGGUAAAUUGGCGGAGGCGAGAAAUGGUGCGUUGGCUGGUGACCUGUGCUACAGAACUUGGAUUGGACGCACUGCUCUCUAUUAUGCAGAAUUGGUACGAGCUGUUUACGCCGACGGAAGCGACGGGCCCGGUGGCAGCGGCGGCCAUGUCGCAUGCCACCGCUCUGCGGCUCGGCCUCACCUUCGAGCAGCAGGAGAAGCUCAGCGCCUGCGCACGCACGCUGGCUCUGCAGUGUGCCGCCAAGGACCCGCCGGGGUGCGCGCUGAGUGCGCUGUCGGUGUGCGAGGGCUCGGCGGGAGCGUUCGAGGCGGCCUGCGCGGCCGUCGGCGGCGCGGCGGCGCGCGGCGCGCUCGCCUCCAGCCAGCUGUUCGCAGUCGCGCGCUACAUGGAGCAGCGCGGACAGCCCGCGCGCGCCAUGCGCCUCGCCACGCUCGCCAUGCGCAACCUGCACCUGCACUACAACCAGGACAGCCACCCCGCGAUCGCGGACAUCCACUGGGCGGUGGCGCUGGCACACUCGCUGGGCCGCGCCGAGCUGCAGGCGAUGCUCCCGCUUCUCGUCAAAAACGUGCAGUGUGCACCCGUGCUGUCGGACGUGCUGCGGCGGUGCUGCGUGGCGGCGGCGGGGUGCUCGCGCGCGCGGCCGGCGCCCCCGCGCCCGCCCACGCCGCUGCGGCCGCUGCUGGAGGCCGCGCUGCGGGCCUACGCCUCCACCACGCACGCGCGACUCGCGCACAUCUCGCCCAGGCACUACGCAGACUUCGUAGAAUUCCUCGGCAAAGCGCGUGACACGUUUGCACUCGCCCACGACGGACCUCACCAGUUCGCGGCGCUGCUGCAGGAGAUCAAACUCAAGUACAAGGGCAAGAAGAAACUCAUGUUCCUGGUCAAGGAGCGCUUCGGCUGAAUGCCUGUUCGUCCACCGACAUUAUUAUUCCAAUGCAAUAUGUCCAAUAAAAAAGUUAAGUUUGACUUUCGAAUUUGGCACC